AUGGCUUACCACGGCUUCUUCCGCUUGACUGCCGCGGCGUGGGUGGCGCUCAUGGCGUUGUGUCUCUCCGUGGCCCUCAUCUGUGUAGCCGCUGUUGCUGCGCCCACCUUCUCCCCAUCCUCCGCAGCCCAGCAGUGUAGAGACAGGCGCGUCGCGCACUUACGCACCGCUUUGCUCGACAGGGCACCGUAUCAUGUAGAGGCGAUCCCCGAUCCGCCGCUGGAGUGGGGCAUUCACACGCCGUGCAAAAAGUUCGGCCGUGGCUGCCCGGACACGUACGUUCAGUUUCUCGAGGAACUCGUAACAUCACUGAAGGGUGAGGUCUCUGAUGGAGACGCUCACGACGUCGCAGGCGCGGUCGCGGAGAAGAGGAAAGGGACGGAGAACGCGACAUGCCAGGCUCAAACGGAGCUGGGCAAUAGCGCGGCGACACUAGUCGCAGCUGCCGUUGGGACCCCCGAGGGAUGCAUCAACGGCGUGGACGACCGCGUUGCCGACGCUGCUGUCUCUCUUGUAUCACUCCUGCCGUGUGAUCUCCGACUUCCUCUGCAGAUGUCGUGGCCGUACGAGGCGAGGAAGCGUCUUGAGAACCUGCUCCAUCUCCUUGCCACUCGCGAGUCCGAGCUGCGCAGAAACGGUGUAGCGCCGGCGCCGUUGCAGCGACUCUACCAUGUACCAUCUGCCGAGCACAUUCACUUGGUGGAGGACCUAGACGGCGCCAUAACGGCGCGGCUGCAGAGCGCUUGCGGUAUCGGCUCAGCGUCGUCGGCGGCACCCCUGCCAGAGGGGUGGACGCUGCAGAAGUGGGAAGACGUGUACGGCUUGUGGUGUCGACAUGUCGAGCAACAGCAUUCAAAUCGACGAGAUGAUAGCUUGAGCGCAACUCGCGUGAUAGCAGCACCUCCCUCCAGCUUGGUGCUUCUACCUCGCAAGGUGUGGCACUGCACUGCACUCCACCACGCGACACUGUACCUGCAGCUGCUAGUGCGCGCAGAUCAGCUUCUCGCCUGGGCUUGGAGCUGGACCUUUUGCAAUGCAGUACCGAGCGCGUUUCUGGUGUGCGUUCUUCUCUGGCUUUGCGUGGGAGAUGCAUGGACGGAUGCGGCUGAAGCCUUCGUAUUGAAUGCGUCCGCGGUUACAGCUGAUGCCACAGGGCAAGGCGACGGUGUGGUGAAGGAGGCUAGUGCGAGUAAAGGUACCACACCUAGCGCAACACCGCACGAAUGUCGGCUGCCCUCGACGACCACAGGAUCUCCCUCGACUCCGACCGUGAGCUCUGCCGUGUGGGGGGCCGAGGCAGCGCCGUCGACGUCCCCCGUGGCGUCUGUCGUCCUCGCAGAGGGAUGUGACUCCCCUCUGCGAGGGCACGGCGCGGUGCCCGCCUCGGAGCACUGCCACCACCAACACCAAGGGCAGCGGGAGCGUCGCGCUGCGUUGCUACGCUGGCGUUUUGCCGCCUCUGCUCUCCACCGCUCCCCCACGCUCUUUUUUCUCAAGUUGCGGCUGCUCCUGUGCCUCCUUGUGACAGGUCAACUGCUGUGGAGCGUAUGGCGUGUCUUGGCUGCCAGCCAUGACGUGACCGCCGCAGCUGCCCCACUCCUGCAGUUCCUUCUCCCGUCCUGGCUGCUGGCGUGCCUGAGCGCGUAUCUUGUUGUGCCGCUGCAGAUGAUGGUGCUGGGCACAGCGUUGAAGGGUGCACUAAGCGCGCACGAAGAGCUACUGUCUUUCCAAGCCAAGUGCGCAGCUGAGCAGCGUGCUCUUCUGAACGCUGCUGGCGUGCUUCCGUUGGGUGACUGA